AUGACACAAGGGUUAAAGCGAGACUGUGAGGUUGAUGACGGGGUUAUGGAGAAGAAGCUGAGGACGCAGUCUUUUGAUUACUCUGCGGGAAGUGAGCCGGUGUCGACUAUCCAAAUUAUUCCCAGUGAUAGGUACCGAAAGCAGAGCCAUCAAGGGUACAAGUCACCACAGGUUCCGAAUACAAGUGGUAAUGUGGAUCCUACGGUGUUCGAGCGUGAAUUGCUGAUGAUGGAUCAUGAGACAGUCACGGCGCAGGAGAAAAACCAGCAAGCUACAUGGCCUAGACGGGGUAUACCGUCUGAUUUUGAAGCGAAUACGUGUGAUCUAUCAUUUCAACAGCUGGAUGCGGAACAAGCGGUUCUUCCUGGAUGUAGAGAUGGUAAUACUGCGGCGGUUGUGCGGUUUUUUGGUGUCACCGAUGCAGGUAAUUCAGUCCUGUGUAAUGUAACUGGGUUCAAGCACUACAUGUACGUUCCAGCACCAUCGGGAUUUCGUCCUAGUUCAGAUUUAAAGGUUUUAAAGGACUAUUUGAAUGAUAAGUUUGAUAAUGUUGUGGAUUCCAUAGAGGUGGUUUGGAAACAAAGUAUAUGGGGAUAUUCCGGUGAUGAAAAGUUGCAGUUUUUAAAGGUGUUGGUGCCUGAUCCAUACGGGCUGAAUAAGGUCCGAACUGCAUUUGAGAAGGGUUAUGUGAACCCAAAUGAUACUUGGUUCCAAGGAGGCACUACGACGUACGACAAUAUUGCUUUCACUUUGAGGCUGAUGAUAGAUUGCGGUAUUGUGGGUAUGUCUUGGAUAACCCUGCCUAAGGGGAAGUAUACUCUUAUUCCUAAACACCAAAAGGUUUCUUCCUGUCAAUUUGAAGUGGCCAUUAACUAUAAAGACUUAAUUGCGCAUCCGGCAGAAGGUGAUUGGGUUCAUAGUGCCCCGUUGCGUAUUCUAUCAUUUGAUAUUGAAUGUGCGGGUAGAGUUGGUGUGUUCCCUGAGCCUGAUACUGAUCCAGUGAUUCAGAUAGCAAACGUUGUUAGUAUUGCAGGUCAUUCUAAACCUUUUAUUCGAAACGUUUUCACGGUGAGGUCUUGUGCUCCAAUCACCGGUUCUCAGAUUUUUGAGCAUGAGAGAGAGGAAGACAUGUUAAAACAUUGGCGCGAUUUCGUUGUCCAAGUAGAUCCAGAUGUGAUAAUUGGGUAUAACACUACUAAUUUCGAUUUUCCCUAUUUAAUUAACCGUGCCGCUGCUUUGCAUGUUGAUAGUUUUCCGUAUUUUGGCAGGUUGCCAAAUGUAAAACAAGUUAUCAAGGAAACUGUUUUUUCAUCAAAGGCAUAUGGUACAAGAGAGUCCAAAACUAUUAACAUUGAUGGACGUCUACAGCUAGAUUUGUUGCAGUUUGUUAGACGUGAAUAUCAAUUACGUUCAUAUACCUUGAAUUCUGUUUCUGCUCAUUUCUUAGGUGAACAGAAAGAAGAUGUUCAUCACACCAUUAUUUCUUCGUUGUAUAAUGGUGAUAGCGAAACAAGAAGACGUUUGGCUGUUUAUUGUUUGAAAGAUGCUUAUUUACCUUUGCGAUUGUUAGAAAAGUUAAUGGCCUUAGUUAACUAUGCAGAAAUGUCAAGAGUCACCGGGGUUCCCUUUUCCUACCUCAUUACGAGAGGUCAACAAAUUAAAGUCAUAUCUCAGCUAUUUCGCAAGUGUUUUCAAAUAGAUAUUGUGAUUCCAAAUAUGCAUACAUCUCCUUCUGAUGAACAGUAUCAGGGGGCUACAGUUAUAGAACCAAUAAGAGGGUAUUACGACGUUCCUAUCGCAACAUUGGAUUUCAAUUCCCUAUACCCAUCAAUUAUGAUGGCACAUAAUUUAUGUUACACUACCUUGUGUAAUAAAUCCACCGUUGCACGCUUGAAUUUAAAGGAAAACGAGGACUAUAUUAUCACUCCAAAUGGAGACUACUUUGUCACUGAAAAACGUAGGCGUGGAAUAUUACCUACUAUCUUACAUGAAUUAAUUAGCGCAAGAAAACGUGCUAAGACUGACCUAAAGAAUGAAACUGACCCAUUUAGAAAAGAUGUCUUAAAUGGUAGGCAGCUGGCAUUAAAAAUAUCUGCAAAUUCCGUUUAUGGAUUCACCGGCGCAACAGUUGGAAAGCUACCAUGUCUUGCCAUCUCCUCAUCGGUCACAUCAUUUGGGCGUACUAUGAUUGAAGCCACAAAGCGUGCAGUCGAAGAAAAGUAUACAGUUAAAAACGGCUUCAGUCAUGACGCUGUUGUUAUAUAUGGUGAUACCGAUUCUGUGAUGGUAAAGUUCGGUAAAACUGAUCUUCAGGAAACAAUGAAUCUAGGCGCUGAAGCUGCUGCAUAUGUUUCAUCUCUAUUCAAGCAUCCAAUCAAUUUAGAGUUUGAAAAAGUCUACUUUCCAUAUUUAUUGAUUAACAAAAAGAGAUAUGCUGGUUUGUACUGGACUAGGCCUGAAAAACACGAUAAAUUAGAUCAGAAAGGGCUAGCUUCAGUUCGUCGUGACUCAUGUCCUCUGGUCUCGCUUGUUAUGAAUAAGGUUUUGCGAAUGAUUCUAAUAGAUAGGAAUGUACCGGGCGCUUUGGAUUUUGUUAGAAGCACCAUUGAUGAUGUUCUGCAGAAUAGAGCAGAUAUUUCUAAAUUAAUUAUUUCCAAAACACUAGCACCAAGUUAUACGAACUCACAGCCUCAUGCAGUUUUGGCGGAACGUAUGAAAAAGAGAGAUGGCGUUGGGCCAAACGUUGGUGACAGAGUCGAUUAUGUAAUUGUGGGUGGAAACGACAAGCUAUACAACCGAGCAGAAGAUCCGUUAUAUGUCUUGGAACAAAACAUUCAGAUCGAUUCAAAAUACUAUUUGACAACGCAGUUACAAAAUCCUAUUAUUAGCAUUAUAGCGCCGAUUAUUGGCGAAAGACAAGCAAAUGCAAUGUUUGUUGUGAAAGCUAUAAAGAUUUCAACUGGUAAUCAAAAGGGAGGGUUGAUGGGUUUUAUUAAGAAAGUCCAGAUGUGUAAAGGUUGUAAGGGCCCACUCAAGAAGGGCGAAGGGCCACUGUGUGGAAAUUGCAAAGAAAGGUCAGGUGAGUUAUAUCUCAAGGCAAUGUACGACGUGCGGGAAUUGGAAGAAAAGUUUGCCAGGUUAUGGACUCAAUGUCAACGAUGCUCUGGUAGUUUGCACAAUGAAGUGCUUUGUUCCAACCAAAACUGUGACAUUUUUUACAUGAGAGUUAAAGCUAAGAAAGAACUACGAGAGAAAGUUGAGGAAUUAAGCAAGUGGUGA